UGGACGUCACAUUCCUGCAUUCCCUUGUUCCUCUGUCUGGAACGCUGGAGUCACAACUCCGUGGCCAACAUUAAUCCUCUUCUCCGCUUCACUGUCGGAGGAGCACCGAUGACACCGCGGACCUGAUCCCCGGAGGUGAACCCGGUUUCACCAGGAGUGGGAAUCUCACUGCGGGUCACUUUCCUCCCCCUCCUCCCCACCAGCCACCGCAGCGCUGGUUGUCAUGGAGAACUCUUCAGUGGCAUCUGCAUCCUCUGAGGCUGGGAGCACACGUUCCCAAGAGAUCGAGGAACUGGAGCGCUUCAUCGACAGCUAUGUGCUGGAGUAUCAGGUGCAAGGGAUUCUGGGAGACAAGCCAGAUGGAGAUGUGGACCUGAACUUGGACAACAGCAACAAGAUGUCACAGUGGACGGACGACUACAAUGACAAAAAAGAUGGCAGCUGGACAUCGUCACGGGGAAGGGGUUCAUCCAAACCAGAUGAGUGGGAACACAGUAGUAAUGGCAGCACAGGAUCCAGGCCAAGUUCAGGGUCCAGACCUGGUUCUGGCUCUCGCUCCGGAAGCAGAGGCCGAAACAACCACUUUAAAGGUCCAGCGAAGAACGGGAAUAGAGAUGUCUCAUUUGACAUUUUAGGAACAGACAUCUGGGCUGCCAACACCAUGGACUCUCUUGGGGGAGCUGGAUGGGAUGUGCAGCCAGAGAAGUUGGACUUCAGUCAUUUCCACAGGAAACAUUUCAGAGGAACGCCAAAGCACCUGCCGCAUAUCGACAGAGAGGGGAUGAACAGAAAUAAGUUUGAGGAGGACGACGGGAUUGACAUGAACGAGAUAGAAAGGUUUUUACCGCACCUGCGCUCAGUUUUUCCGCCGCCUCAAAACGAGGCUGAAAUCGCACACACCAAAAAGCUCUUCAGGCGAAGGAGGAACGGACGAGCACUUGAUCAAUUCCUCCGAGACCAGUUCACCAUACUUCUGCCCACUGGCCCUGGGGGAAAGCGACAAGUCUCAGCCAGGAGACAACAGCGGCCUCAUGGGGGAGGAGGAGGUGGCAAGAACCAGCUCCAGCAAUCACCUCAGCUUCAGAGGGAUCCCACCCAACAACAACAGCAGCAGCAGAACCUCACAGAGUUGGGAGACAACAGAAACAUUAGUGCUGGCCGACCACCGCGGCAGUACCAGCAUGGCCAACGACAGCAGGGAGCCCCCCAGCAGGGAUAUGGCCCGAACCGCCGCUGGCACAUCAAAGCUCACGGACAGACCGGUGACAAGGGAUCGCCCCCCAAACCAACCAAAGAGACGGAGAAUGUAAAAGCGGGAGAUGAACUAUUCAGAAGAGCGGAGGAGCCGCCAGACUCCAGUGAAUCACCCAAAUCUGAGUCAACACUCCACACGAAUACUUUCCCAGAUCCGUCAGCUCGUAAAGAACCUCCGAAAGCAGCAGGAAGUCACAAGGCAGACGAGGUCCUGAGCAGGGAGCCCAAAAUCAGCCUGCUGCAGUCGUCAAAGGAGAGGCUGAGGAAGAGACUAAAGGACAAGGAGGAUGCGCUGGAAGACUCGUUGGGCUCAGGCUCACGGAACAUGGACCGGCUGGUUGGCCUGCUCAACAGCAUGAGAAGCAACAGCAGCGGCGUCGAGCAGCAGCUGACCUCCUUCAUGGAGGAGGCUCAGAACUCGGCCCGGUCUGAGGAAGCCCUGGCUCAGGUGGUCAGCACAAUCUACCUCAAGGCCGUGACGGACCGCAGCUUCGCCGCCACAGCAGCCAAACUCUGUGACAAGAUGGCGCUCUUCAUGGUGGAGGGAACCAAGUUCAGGUCGCUGCUUUUGAACAUGCUUCAGAAAGACUUCUCAAACAGAGAGGAGCUACAGCGGACCAACGUGGAGAAGUGGCUGGGCUUCAUCACCUUCCUGUGCGAGGUGUUUGGAACCAUGAGGAGCAGCACCGGGCAGCCAUACAGAGUCCUGGUCUGUCCCAUCUACACCUGCUUACGAGAGCUGUUGGGGUCCACGGACGUCAAAGAGGAUGCCGUUCUCUGCUGUUCUUUGGAGUUGCAGAGCACAGGGCGACUUCUGGAGGAGCAGCUGCCGGAGAUGAUGACUGAGCUACUGGCAGCAGUCAGAGACAAGAUGCUCUGUCCGGCCGAGUCUCAGCUGACCCGCUCGCUGCUCAUGGAGGUCAUCGAACUGCACGCUCACCGCUGGAGCCCCCUGGAGGCCCUCACCACGCAAUACUACAACCGUACCAUCCAAAAGCUCACCACCACCGCUUAGGUGCCAUGCCACCGCUGGUGGGAAAAGAAGAGGCUGUGGGAGACUGUGACCUGGAACUAUUGCCGUCUUUUUGUUCUGAGAUGAGAAGUUAUGCACAAUCGGAGCUGACGCGCGGCACGCAAGCUAUGAAAGCACAUUGACACAUUUGGGAAAACGCUAGCGCCAUGUGAGAGGGGGCGCCAGUGAGUCCGGGAGGGCCUGUCCUGACUGCUGCCAGGAUAAAAGGGGGUGCAGAUGAGAGAGGGGUCAUGUUGGGGAUAGAGGAGAGGGCAGCGGCCUGUCCGUUGGGAAUAGAGAGAUCCCAAAGAUGAAUGGUUUGGGGGUGGCGUCGGGGUAGUCCGUGUCAGUCUCUUCAUUGUGUUCAUUUGCCCACCACCCUCCCCCGUCUCGCUGUCUCUUUCCCCCACUCUCCUCUGUCUCUCUCCACCAGCCCCUGGGGUCUGAGGAGCUGAUAAAAGAGAGGAGAGGAGGCAGGAGCAGACACAGCGCUGUCUGUCUGGGCCGUCUGCCCCACCGGGCCAGAGACCAGGUCAAAGGGUCUCGCUGUGGGGACUCCCACAGCACCUCCCCACCUUUGUCUCCGCCAUCACAGCCCCCUAGCAGGAAGCCUUUUUGUGGGGAUGAGACAGCCAGCCUGCUGCGCCAGGCUGGGUCCAGGAUCAGACUGGCUGCAAAGGGGUGGCAGAUGGCCGCCUGAGCCCUUCUGAGAGUACACACCCCUCCGGCAACCGGCGUCCUGCACCCAAGCCGGGAUUGAUUGAGGCGGGGUGGGGGGAGCCGUGCAGCGGUUAUUGUGGGGGGGUCAGGGCGACAUUAAAAAGGCAGACUAAUUCUUUUGUUUUGGUCGUACAGGGGAAUGUCUCAGUGUGCACGUCCACGUCUGUCGGCCUCUGUAUUUCUGUCCCGACGUCUUGUUUUCACGUGUAGCUGCGUCGUAGCUUUGUUGCACAUGUUGGGUUCGUUUGCACUGUUUUAUUGAAACAUGGAGCUUCGUUAAAAUCUGCGCUAGUGGAUUUCAAGUUUUAGGAUAUUUUAACGGACUUAGUGGCCUUGACAAUUAAACUUUCUUUUAGGGGCUCUGAUUUUGGGCAUCUUGAGGAGUUAUUUAUAACGUUCUGUUGAUGGGCGACGGUGGAAAAAAACGGACAAAAUGCUUCUGUGGUCGCCGUUCUGUGCUGCGAAAUAAUCUAAUUUUGUUUUGGCUUUUUUUUUUUCCAAGACUAUUAACCUGUGUAUGUGUCUGCGAAACUCUUAAUGUACCAGCGCUCUAGCUAGUCAUGUGACUUUAUUCCAGCUAACGUGUAAUAUUGAAUAUUGGGCUCUGUAUUUAACCUGCGUCAAGUGUAUUUACCAAUGUUUGAAAAGAAUUUUAGGAGCUGAUGAUAACCGUCACAUGAAGUUGUCACUACAUUUGAAUUUACCGGCUGCGUCCACACUGCUGCAGUUUUCACUGAAAAACCGUCACAUUGUUCACAUUCCCAUCAUGAAUUUUGCGUCCAGAGUAAAACACCCUACAAACUAGCGGUUGAUAUUUUAUAUAUAUAUAUAUAUAUAUAUAUAUAUAUAUAUAUAUAUAUAUUAUAUAUGUUAUAUAUAUAUAGUCACAAAAUUUCAGAAAGUACUAAAAGAGCCGUGUGGGUGCAGCCAUUACUGUUAAAUCUCAGUUAUCUCUUUUGUAAUAUUUCCUCUGUCUUGCAUCAAGAAUUAAGAGUGAGUGGGAGAUGUCGAUGGAGAUUUUUCUUUUGAUUUGGUUUUAUUUAAAUUAUGUUUAGCGCAUUUAUCUAGGAAUAUAACGUUUGUGCUGGGUGGGUGAGGACGCUGACGUGAAGCCCAACUUGCUGGCGAGGGUCCGUCCGGUGGAGAACAUACCCAUCAGUCACUUCUUGUUAUGCAAAGAGAGGCAGGUGGGGAGCCCAGCCCUCCCCCUCUGCCAUGUCUGAGGCACAAGACCUCCCCAUCCCACGUGGGUGCCCUUAGACCUUUCGGCUCGGGUCACGUGACUCGCCCGACGUCGUAACGCACCUUCAUUUGCAUCUGCUCAUGGAUAUUGAAAAAGGCUGCAGUCAGGAGUAACCUGUGUGCUUGUUUGUUUUUCUAAUGCAUCAGAAAAAUGAAAUAAAAACAGGAAGAAGAUGAUGUAAAGAAGAAGAAGAAGCUGUGGUGUGUG